CCCGCAUUCAAAAUCCAGCCAGCGAAGCGUGCGGACGUGAAGCAAAGAGACAAAUGAUACAAAGCUAAAUAAAGAUAUAAAGAGCAAGAGCGAAAGCCAAGAACAAAGUGAACGAAUUCGAAUCUGUGCUGGUGCUUGUGUGUGCGCGCGUAACAAUAAGCAAAAGCAACAAAGCAUUUAGUUAAUAUUCAAAGAAGAGAAAGUCAUUGAGUCAUCAUUCGAUUGCCCGUAAUUGUGCAAUUAAAAAAGAGACACAAAGAGAAGAAAGAGCAGCAGCAGAAGCAGUAGCAGCAGCAAUGGCAGUGGCCUUUUACAUACCCGACCAGGCGACGCUGCUGCGCAAGGCGGCGCAACAGGAGCAGGAGCUGCUGCGCCUACGCGACUCCCAGUGGCGCUUUCUGGCCACCGUCAUCCUCGAGACCCUACGCCAGUUUAUGGACAGCGCGGCCAGCCAGUGCCUCCCACGGUCCGGGGGCGGGCGCAAGUGUGGCAAGUACCGCAAGCCUUCGCAGUGAACAGUUCCGUGAGAGCCGAGGAGUGGAGAGGAGAGCCAAAGCAGCAGCGGCAGCAGCAACAACAGCAAAGAGAAGAGAACUACAAUCCAGUCCAGAAUUCUAAGUACAAAGGAAAAACCCCAGUCAUGAAUCAGCCACAUUUCUGUCCAGGAUAUGCUUAAACCCGCCCAAAACCACCCAACGACCACUGCCCUAGGACUCCCCCCGACAACCUCUUUUUAGUUUACUCAUCAAAGCGAUUGUGAUAAUGGUUUUGCUUCUACGAAAAAAUUAUACAACAAAACAUGUAUGCAACACAAAAAAAAUCCCUAAAAAAAUAUUUUCACAAAAAAAUCAUUUUGUACGGAAAACAAAAAAAUAGUUUCUCUAGCAAUAAUUUCAGUUUUGUAAGCAUAUUUAAAUGAAUUCCCAGACUCAACUCUAUGUAUGUAAUCUGAAAUAGUUGUUAAGAUCUUUUGUAAGCGAUUUUUUUCCAAGUUUUUUAACUCAAGAGCAAGACACACGAAAGAAGAAUACUGAAACGAAUGUCGACGAUGAAGGUUUGCCAGAAAUUGUAUCAAUUUUUUGCCAAACAUAAAAGUCAAUAAAAUAAACAAUGAGAAAAUGUA